AUCGACCUUGCUCGAGCCUUCCAGCUGUUGGAAGCCGUGAGUAGUGGGGGGCCCCCACUUUUUGCUUCUUCCCAGGGGGGCGGGACCGCAGGUAGCGAGAUGCCUGUUCCGAAGGCAGGUAUGGGGGAGAAGCAACGCCUCGCCGUGAUUUUCAACUGCUUGCUGCAUGCAUGCGAGCGACAGGGGGACGCUCUUGGCGGGUUUGAAGUGUAUAGGCAGAUGAAGGCCACUGGGGCCCCCCCGGACGAGGCGACAUUCCACAGCGUUGCUGCGUUGCUGGAACGAUCGGGAGAGCAACACGGAAUGCUAAAGCUGUUGGAGCACAUGCAGGCGGAGGGCCAUGAGCCAUCUCUAGCAGUCCUUAGCCUGGCCGUUACCUGCUGUAGCAGAGCAGGCGCUGCUGAUGCAGCUUUGCAUCUCUCUCAGCAGCUGCGAAGGAGGAUUCGCACAGCCGCGGCUGCUGCUGCCCCGACAGCAGCAGUAGGCGUCGCCCCCUGGACUGCUGGCCUCGAAAAGGAAGACGAAGGCAUCAGAGCAGCAGCAACAGCGCUGCAGCAAGCCCUACCGUCGAGUGUCUAUGCCGCUCUUGUGAGCGGCUGUGCUGCAGCAGGCAGGCAUGAAAAGGCCCUUCAUUUGUACGGCGAGCUGGCUAGUCUUAAGGGAUACCAGGAACUGCUGCAGCGACGCCUUGCACAGAAGGCGCAAAACACCCAGCAGGAGCAGCAACAACAACUAGAGCCAGAGACGCUCCAGCACCUCCAGCAGCUGCUACGGCGAGACUCGUAUCUCCCGAAAGCCCAAGUUGUGAAUGCCGCCGUUGCUGCAGCAGCUGCAACGGGGCGCUUGCAGCUGGCGCUUUCCUUCUACAGGCGAGACUUGUUGCGGCAGCAAGAACAACAGGUGCAGCACGGGGAGGACCACUUUGCUGAGGAUACCCUUGGUAGCUUGAGUGGAGGCGAGGCAUAUGCCCCGACGACUGAGACCUUCCUGCUGCUGUUAACUGCUGCUGCAGCGCAGCAGAGCUCGAGCACAGUAGAUAUCUUACUGCGAGACUUUGAGCAGCAACAGCUGCUGCGGCAGCAACAACAACUUCCGCCGCUUGACGCUCCAGCUAUACAUGCAGCCGCAGCGGAGGCUCUUGCAGCCGGGGGCAGGUGGAGGGAAGGCCUACAGCUGCUAGUUCACUCGCAUGCGGACCGGCAACGACAGCAACACCAGGCGAUUCAACAGCUGCAGCACUUGAUCAGCACGCAGCAGCAACUGCGGCAAGAGGAGCAGCAACUUAAUCGGAUCCAGCCGAUGCUUCAACAGUUCCCCCCAGCGGGGAGCGUUAUACCGUAUCUUGCAUUGCUAAGAUCCUGCGCCGCAGCGGGAGCACCGCGGGAGGCCCUCGGCGUGCUGCGUUUGCUGCAACAGCGGCAGCAGCAGCAGCAGCACCUGUACAUGCUGCAGCAGCAACUGCAGCAAGAUGAGGUGCUCUCAGCUGCAGCAGCUGUACCACCAGAGCUGCCCCUAAACGCCUUCGCUGAAGUUAUGGCGGCAGCAGCAGCAGCAGCAGAUUGGCAGCUGGUGCUCUCCGUUGCGGCCGAAUUCGAGUCUCCGAAGGUGCAGCAGCAAGUUGCAGCAGGGGCCGUUGCCGCAACAGCAGCAGCUGCGACUGCGUUUGCAAGUAGUGCCACGGAAGAACGCCUACCACAGCAUACUGCCGCUACUGCAAACGUCGAUGGAGCUGCAGCAGCAGCGGCAGCAGCAAGUGCUGCUGCUGCCUUGUCGCAGCAACCAAUACCCCUAGAGCUGCGUUUACGUAUUGCUUCGCUGAAGCUUAUGGGGCUAUUGCACACGCGACAAUCCCUUGCUGCAGCGAGGCAGCGGGAGCACCUGUUACACCUCAUCGAAAAGAGCAGCAGCCGCGGCGCACGCCCCGUGCAAAGAGGCUCAGGGGUACCACAAAGUAUUGAGGGAUUGCAUCAGGAGCUGCAGCCUGUAGCAAUAAACGAUGCACUUACCGAAGACGUCCUGAAGCUUGCAGAGAAUAUGUUAGGCCCACCAGUACAGGAACACCACCCGCAGCGUGCCACCCCACUGCUGCAUCCGCAUGAGCGGGAGCGGCUGGAGGAGCAGCAGCGACAACGCCACAGAGAGAUGGUGCUCGAACAAAUCCGGCAACACGAACAGCAGCCAAGGACGCACAACCCGCACUCCGAAUAG